UCUACUGAAAUCACAAUACAAAUGUAAGUUACACUUUGUAAAAUACAGUAAUUGCAAUAUACAGUUCAAUCAAAAUACAAGUGUGAUUCCCAUUACAGGUCUCUAGAAGAUGCUCACUGUCAUGAUGUUGGGCAUCCCCAAUCGCUGGAAAGGAAUAUGUGGGUUGAAACCAACUCAAAAUUCUUUUGUUAGUUGUUCAGUUUUUAUACUCUGUGUUGAGCUGAGCAACCUAUAUACUUCACCCCAUACUGGUCUGGCUAACUCAGGGAGAUGUUCACACUAUUUUGAUGAACCAAGGGAGAUGUGUUUUCACUAGUUGAUCACAGAAUCACAGAAUGGUUGAGGCUGGAAGGGAUCUCUGGAAAUCAUCUAGUCCACCCCCUCUGUUCCAGCAGGGUCAUCUAGAGCACAUUAGACAGGAUUGUGUCCAGGAGGGUUUUGAAUAUCUCCACAGAAGGACACUCCACAACCUCUCUGGGCAACCUGUUCCAGUGCUCUGUCCCUCUCACAGUGAAGAAGUUUUUCCUAAUGUUCAGGUGGAACUUACUAUGUUUCAGUUUGUGCCCAUUGCCUCUUGUCCUGUCACUGCGCACUGCUGGAAAGAGACUGGCCCCAUCUUCUUGACCUUCCCUUAAGAUAUUUGUAGACAUUGACAAGAUCCCCUCUCAAUCUUCUCUCCUCCAGGCUAAAUAAGGCCAGCUUUCACAGCCUUUCCUUGUAGGGAGAUGCUCCACUCCCCUAAUCAUCUUUGUAGCCCUGUGCUGGACUCACUGCAGUAAUGCCAUGUCUCUCUUGUACUGGGGAGUCAAGAAUUGGACAGAGUAUUCCAGAUGUGGACUCACCAGGAUGGAGUAAAGGGGGAGGAUCACCUCCCUUGACCUGCUGGCAACAGUUUUCCUAAUACACCCCAGGAGACCAUUGGCCACAGGGGCAUAUUGCUGGUACACGGUUAACUUGUUGUCUACCAGCACUCCCAGGUCCCCCUCUGCAGAGCUGCUUUCCAGCUUCCAGCCUGUACUAGUGCAUGGGGUGCAGGACCCUGCACUUGGCUUUGGUGAACUUCAUGAGGUUCCUCUCUGCCCCACUGUCCAGACUCAACUGGGAUGUAGUCAAUUGAUCCAUUCAUUUGACAUAGUUGUUUUUGGAAAAAAAAAAAAAAAAUCCACCUUCCAGUCCCCUUUGUGUUGAAAUAAAAUCAGUGCAAGAGCUGUGGUAGUCACACCCUAUAUAAUUUCUGAGCUUCAUGGGCACCUCACUCUUGCCCAUCUCCUCUAACUCUUCUUCCUCUCUAGGGCUUUAGUGGUCAGUCACAGUGGCACCUUAAGCUCUUGCCCACCUGUGCUGGGCCCCAGUGACCUAGGUGUUGUUAGGGCAUUAAGUUCAGACAGUCAGGGCUGCAGCAAAUGGCAGCCAGGGUGGCGUAGCAAGGCGACAGGUUCAGUGCAAACCGGAUGGACAGCUGCGGAGAGAAUCAUGUGGGCUUGAGAGGGUGAACAACAUGGAAAUUGCCUCCUUCUCUGCCCAGUACCCAACACUGCAUGCACUUGGCCACAUGUACCAAGGGCCCCAGGUGCUCUGCUACCCCAGGCUGUGUUGAACCAGAAUUGUUCUAUUGCUUUUCAAUAGCGAAUACAUUAAACCUGCCAGAUGGUGUUGGUAAGUUUAACAUGGCCAGGGAAGACUGUGCUGCAUGUGCAUUUAACUGUUUUGUAUAGGAGAGCUGACAUCACCUGGGUCACAGCUUGUCUACCACAGCCAUAACCAGUAUUAGCAGAGGCGGUGCUGGGAGCUGGUCAGUGCUGCCUGCCCCAGGGCUGCACGCUGUCAUCCCAUGAGCAGUGUUUGGUGGGGGCUCUCUGAGCAUCCAGUCCCAGUGCCCACAGCUGUUGGCUCCGCUCCUGCUCACAAGCCCUCUGCACUGGCCCCACUGAUGGUGCAGAGUGUGCACCACAGCGCACCACAGCACACCACAGAGCACUGUGAUGGCCCAGCACUCCGGAACAAGCAGCUCUGUGACAUCGGUCUCAGCGCCACGGCACCGGGCCAACGCGGACACCGCAGGCAGCGUGCUCGGCUGCUGCACUGGUGUGAGAAGGCUGGGGCACCAGCAGCUGCCUCGUGCCGCUGGGGAAGAUGAAGUUGUUCCCCCUCCUCUUGGUGCUGGCCAUGUGCUGGCCUGCAUAUGGCACAUAUGACAGCUGUGGGUAAGUAGCCUGAGGCCAUGGGAGAGCAUGUUUGGGGGAGCCUUGCAGGGAGCCUACUUGCCCCCUGGCUGCAUGGGAGGCUCCGCAACCCAGGGCAGGAGGCUCAGCUCCUCUCCAGCAUCCAGGCUCCCAGCACAGCUCACUGCAGGGCUACAGUUGCACACCACACAGUGUGCCUUGGCCCCACUGUCCACAUGCUGCCACAUGGGGUGGGGAGCAGGAGGGACAACGGACAACCUUCAGCCUGAGCAGAGUGGGGAGCAGUCAAGCAUGGUACUAAUGAGUUUCUGAUUACAGAGGGACCUGUGGGGUCCGGCCCAUGGCCUCUUACUACAGCAUGAUGCGCGUCGUUGGUGGUACGGAUGCUCAGCCAGGGUCCUGGCCCUGGAUUGUCAGCAUCCAGGUCCCCUGGAGAAGAGGCACCGGGCACAUAUGUGGAGGGACUCUCAUCAGCCCACAGUGGGUCCUCACAGCAGCUCACUGCUUCAUAAAUGCCACCUAUGUCGAGAUGUGGCGUAUAGUGGUUGGUGCCUCCAGUUUGCUUCAGAUGGGCCCUGAGGUAGAAGUACGCAAUAUUAAACGGCUAGUGACGCAUGAAUAUUAUAAUAAUCGCUCACAGAGAAACGACAUUGCCUUGCUGGAAUUGGACCAACCAGUGCAGUGCAGCUACUAUAUACAGCUUGCCUGUGUGCCCGAUGGCUCGCUGCGAGUGUCAGAGCUGUCACCUUGCUACAUCAGCGGUUGGGGUGCCAUGGAGGAAGGAUCUAAGAUACGACCUGCCAUCCUGCAGGAGGCCCUUGUCCACCUCAUUGACAACCACAUCUGCAACAGCAGCCAAUGGUAUGCAGGGGCCGUCAGGAACACCAACCUGUGUGCUGGCUAUCAGCAGGGUGGCAUCGACACUUGCCAGGGUGACAGCGGUGGCCCCCUUGUAUGCAAAGAUAGAACUGCCAACUACUACUGGCUUGUUGGUGUCACCAGCUGGGGAACAGGCUGCGGGAGAGCACAUCAGCCUGGAAUCUACACUUCCACCCAGCACUAUUAUGACUGGAUCCUGUUUCAUAUGAGCACACCACAAGAAGCAUCAUGGAGAUGGGGUCAUUUAUUCUCGGCCUCAGGCCCAUUCCAGAAGCCAAGGCCAAUACCUACACAAUCAGCAAGGCCCAUGCGCUGUCCAUAUCCACGCCACAAGCUCAUGGAAUUCUUUAGUGGGGUGCAGCAGCUGCUGCAUGUCCUAAAGGGAAGAAAGACUUGAGCAGCAAGACAAACAGGACACAGGGCAGGCUGCAUAUAUGGUUACCAUUUGCUUCUGGGGCAAUGCCCACUGAUCCAGAGGCAACCCCAGGGCCUAGGCCUGCUCUGCACAGCUCACCCUCUCUCGACUGCCUACAAACUCUGAAAGUUUACACAAUUCCAGAAAUAAAGUUGCCUAUU